AUGUCUGUCAAGGACCUCAAUUAUGUCAUUCCUGGGGGGACUCACGCGCAUCUUCUCGAUGUGGUGGAUAAGAGGGAGCGUGAUCGCAAGCGCCAGACAAUCGCCGCUGCUUUUGCCAUCAGGCACCUUGAGCGAUGGGAGUUUAAGGUGGCUCAGUCUGAGCAGAGAUCUCUCAAGACAAUAGACGCACAUUACACCUCGCCACCUCUCUCGCAAGAACAACCCGAAGAUCUCGUUAAGAGUUCGGCAGUCCAUGAUGAACUUUCCGAUACCAAUGCGCUUGCUCUUCUAACCUUGGAAGUGAAAUAUGACGCCGGGGAGUUCAAAAACCGCUUCCACGAUCCCUACGCAUUCGGUGCAGCUUUACUGGCGUCAUUCGGCGGUUUCCAUUUGGCUAUGGUCGGUUCUCUGUCCUACUCGGCUGCCACCACUCAGACAGCCGCCCAAAGUUAUGCUACAAUCGUGGCAAGCCGAUCUAUCGGAGGGAUCGGUGUCGGCACCUUGGCAAUGGGUGCCCCAUUCUAUAUAUCCGAGAUCUCCCCGCCCGCAUGGCGUGGAUCAUUCUGGGUUCUGGAGGCAAUCAGCAUCGUCACCGGAGCAAUUGGAAUGGAAAGGUAUCGAUUCCAGCAGGCGCUCCUCAAAAGGGAGUAUCAUGACUACGCUCGCCAUCCGCUCCUGGGAUGGUCAAUGUCUGUCAGGUCGUUGGAGGAAUUCCAGUUAUGUUGGAUCUCGAUCGGGUUGACGGCGUACACUGACCAUCUACGGCGGGAUAGUCAUGGCAAUCCCGCAUCUGGUGAUGGUGGAGACAAUAAACUGGUUCAGUCGCGAGUGGGCUACACAUCAGGCAGUUGGGUGGUUCUGUGUGGCACCGAUUUACUAUAUGUGCUCUCCUACAGCGUCUCGUAUGGGCCAUUGGCCUUGGUCCUUCCCGCAGAGGUGUUUUCCAGUUCCAAACGUGCCAAGGGGGUUGGCGCAGCUACGGGAAGGAUUUGGUUGGCUAACUUCAUUAUCGGCGUUGUCGUGCCGGAGAUGCUCCUUAAACUCGGGCUGGGGACGUAUCUCUUCUGCGGACUUUUCUGCGUGGCAGCCACGGAGUUUUCCUUCCUCUUCGUUCCAGGGACAACAAAUAAGUCACUAGAGCAAGUUGCUGCGGUGUUCGGUGAUGGAUUUGUUGACGAGGAGCGGAACCUGCAAAGCCGCAUUGCUCCCGAGGUGUGGCAUGGCAGCAGUCAUGCGGAGAAGGAAGCGCGGGUAUGA